AUGAGUGAUACAACAACAGGACCAGAAGAAUUAUCAAUUCCAAUUGGAACAGGCAUAACUAUAGCUGCAAAGGCAUGGGGACCACCAAAUAGUAAACAAAGAGUACUUGCAUUGCACGGUUGGCUAGAUAAUGCAAAUUCAUUUGAUAUUAUUGCUCCUGUACUUGCUAAUAUUGGUAUACGUGUUGUUUGUCUUGAUUUUAUUGGACAUGGAAGAAGUCCACAUAAACCAAAUUGGUGUAAUGUUUAUUAUACAGAUUAUAUAACUCAAGUGAUUGAUGUGGCAGAUGCAUUGUGUUGGAAAACAUUUACUAUUUUGGGUCAUAGUAUGGGUGCUGGCAUUGGAUCGAUUCUGGCUGCUUCUAUGCCACAUAUGGUCGAGAAGUUGAUUUGUUUGGAUUUUAUUGGACUGUUGUCAAGGGAACAAGACCAAUUACAAGCUAUCAUGUACGCAAUGCAAUCACGUGAACGUUUGAUUGCUAGAAAACCAUUCCUUUAUCCAUCAAAGGAAUCAAUCUUUGAGAAACUUAAAAAUAACAAUCCAUUCAUCGAAGAUGAUGCUGCUCGAUUGUUGUUACAACGUUCGAUCGAGACUGUCAUCUCGCCGUCGGGUGAACAAGUGUACAAGCUUCGUCAUGACCCUCGUUUGGUCGGUCCCAGCAUCUUUACAUUCCGCGAGCACGAGGUGUUGGUCAUGCUACGUGGUAUCAAGUGUCCAGUCCUCCUCAUCUGGGGUACAGUCUCUGCACAACAAUUCCAAAUGAAAAAGAAUUGGACAGAGGUUAUGGAAAAGAGAAUGAAGUGUGUCAAGAACCUCGAAGUCAUCAAUGUCGAGGGUAGUCAUCAUUUCCACAUGGAAACUGGUAUCGAACAAUUUACACCUCAACUACUCAACUUUAUUAGUACCAAUGAUUCAUUACAAUCAUUUAAUCCAAGUAAUGAAUCUCAUAAUAAUAAUAAUAACAAAACAACUGGUACUUUACUAGCUCAACAUAAUCUUGCUGAAAACCAUAAUCAAUUGGCUGAUAUUGAUAUACCAAAAGCUAAACUUUAA